GCCGCGGGGCUGGCGCGCUGAGCGGGGCAAGAUGGCGGCGGCGGCGGCGGCGGGCGCGGCCUCGGGGAUGCCGGGGCCGGUGGCCCAGGGCUUGAAGGAGGCGUUGGUGGACACGCUCACCGGGAUCCUGUCCCCCGUGCAGGAGGUGCGCGCGGCCGCCGAGGAGCAGAUCAAGGUGUUGGAGGUGACAGAGGAAUUUGGUGUCCACCUGGCCGAGCUGACCGUGGAUCCGCAGGGGGCCCUGGCAAUCCGUCAGCUGGCGUCCGUCGUCCUGAAGCAGUACGUGGAGACGCACUGGUGCGCCCACUCGGAGAAGUUCCGGCCCCCGGAGACGACGGAAAGGGCAAAAAUCGUCAUCCGGGAGCUGUUGCCCAACGGGCUGCGAGAGUCGAUAAGCAAGGUGCGCUCCAGUGUGGCCUACGCGGUGUCGGCCAUCGCGCACUGGGACUGGCCCGAGGCCUGGCCCCAGCUCUUCAACCUGCUCAUGGAGAUGCUGGUGAGCGGAGACCUGAACGCAGUCCACGGAGCCAUGCGCGUGCUGACAGAAUUCACGCGAGAAGUGACAGACACACAGAUGCCGCUCGUCGCCCCUGUCAUCCUCCCGGAGAUGUACAAGAUCUUCACCAUGGCCGAGGUGUACGGCAUUCGAACCCGGUCCCGAGCCGUGGAGAUUUUCACCACUUGUGCCCACAUGAUCUGCAACAUGGAGGAGCUGGAGAAGGGCGCGGCCAAGGUCCUCAUCUCCCCGGUGGUACAGCAGUUCACCGAGGCCUUCGUGCAGGCGCUGCAGGUGCCCGACGGGCCGGCCUCCGACAGCGGCUUCAAGAUGGAGGUCCUGAAGGCCGUGACCGCCCUGGUGAAGAACUUCCCCAGGCACAUGGCGACCUCCAUGCAGCAGAUCCUCCCCAUCGUCUGGGACACCCUGACCGCGAGCGCGGCCUUUUACGUGAGGACAGAAGUCAAUUACACGGAGGAGGUGGAAGACCCCGUGGACUCGGACGGUGAAGUCCUGGGCUUUGAGAAUCUCGUCUUCAGCAUCUUCGAGUUUGUCCACGCUUUGCUCGAGAACAGCAAGUUCAAGGGCACUGUCAGGAAGGCCCUGCCGGAGCUGAUCUACUACGUCAUCCUCUACAUGCAGAUCACGGAGGAGCAGGUCAAGGUGUGGACGGCCAACCCCCAGCAGUUUGUGGAGGACGAGGACGACGACACCUUCUCCUACACGGUCAGGAUCGCGGCCCAGGACCUGCUGCUGGCUGUGGCCACGGAGUUCCAGAACGAGAGCGCGGCCGCCCUGGCCGCCGCGGCCACGCGGCACUUCCAGGAGGCCGAGCAGACCAGGAGCAGUGGCGCCGAGCACUGGUGGAAGGUGCACGAGGCGUGCAUGCUGGCGCUGGGCUCCGUGAAGGCCGCGCUCGCCGACGGCGUGAAGAGCGGCCGCGUCCACUUCGACAUGCACGGGUUCCUGACGGGCGUCGUCCUGGCGGACCUCGGCCUCUCAGUGUCUCCCUUCCUCCUGGGCCGGGCGCUCUGGGCUGCCAGCCGGUUCACCGUCGCCAUGUCCCCUGAGCUGAUCCAGCAGUUUCUGCAGGCGACCGUCCGCGGUCUUCACGAGACGCAGCCCCCUUCGGUUCGGAUCUCUGCCGUGAGAGCCAUCUGGGGGUACUGCGACCAGCUGAAGGCCUCGGAGAGCACCCACGUCCUGCAGCCCUUCCUGCCCAGCGUCCUGGACGGCCUGAUCCACCUGGCCACGCAGUUCAGCUCCGAGGUCCUCAACCUGGUGAUGGAGACCCUGUGCAUCGUCUGCACGGUGGACCCCGAGUUCACCGCGAGCGUGGAGAGCAAGAUCUGCCCCUUUACCAUCGCCAUCUUCCUCAAGUACAGCAACGACCCCGUCGUCGCCUCGCUGGCCCAGGACGUCUUCAAGGAGCUGUCCCAGAUCGAGGCCUGCCAGGGCCCCAUGCAGAUGCGUCUGAUCCCCACCCUGGUCAGCAUAAUGCAGGCGCCCGCGGACAAGAUCCCCGCGGGGCUGUGCGCGACGGCCAUCGACAUCCUGACCACCGUCGUCCGGAGCACGAAGCCCCCCCUGUCCCAGCUGCUCAUCUGCCAGGCGUUCCCCGCAGUGGCCCAGUGCACCCUGCACACCGACGACAAUGCCACCAUGCAGAACGGCGGAGAGUGCCUGCGGGCCUACGUGUCGGUGACGCUGGAGCAGGUGGCCCAGUGGCACGAUGAGCAGGGCCACAACGGGCUGUGGUACGUGAUGCAGGUGGUGAGCCAGCUGCUGGACCCCCGCACCUCCGAGUUCACCGCGGCCUUCGUGGGCCGCCUCGUGUCCACCCUCAUCGCCAAGGCCGGGCGCGAGCUGGGCGAGAACCUGGACCAGAUCCUCCGCGCCAUCCUCAGCAAGAUGCAGCAGGCGGAGACGCUGAGCGUCAUGCAGUCCCUGAUCAUGGUGUUCGCCCACCUGGUGCACACCCAGCUCGAGCCCCUCCUGGAGUUCCUGUGCAGCCUGCCCGGGCCCACCGGCAAGCCCGCCCUGGAGUUCGUGAUGGCCGAGUGGACGAGUCGGCAGCACCUGUUCUACGGCCAGUACGAGGGCAAAGUCAGCUCCGUGGCCCUGUGCAAGCUGCUGCAGCACGGCAUCAACGCGGACGACAAGCGGCUGCAGGACAUCCGCGUGCAGGGCGAGGAGGUCCACGGCGCCGACGAGGGCGUGCGCACCCGCUCCAAGGCCGCCAAGAACCCUGAGCGCUGGACCAACAUUCCUCUGCUGGUCAAAAUCCUAAAGCUGAUCAUCAACGAGCUGUCCAACGUCAUGGAGGCCAACGCCGCCCGCCAGGCCGCCCCCGCGGAGUGGGGACAAGACGACUCCAACGACAUGUGGGAGGACCAGGAGGAGGAGGAGGAGGAGGAGGAGGACAGCCUGGGCGGCCAGCUCCUGUCGGACAUCCUCGCGACCAGCAAAUACGAGGAGGACUACUACGAGGACGAGGAAGACGACGACCCCGACGCCCUCAAGGACCCUCUCUACCAGAUCGACCUGCAGGCGUACCUCACGGACUUCCUCUGCCAGUUUGCCCAGCAGCCCUGCUACGCGGUGUUCUCGGGCCACCUCAGCGACAGCGAGAGGCGCGUGCUGCAGACCAUCGGGAUCUGAGGGCCGGGUCUGGGCGCCUGGGCCUGCAGUGGCCUCCGGCCCGGGCCUUCCUCUGCCGCGACCCUGACGACCGCGGAGGCCCGGCUCGUCGGUGCGAUCGCUGAGCGAUGCUGGGACGAGGACCUUCUCCACACCCCUCUGAAGACAGCCUGUCUCCAGGACCCCUUUCUCCCCAGCUGCGCCUCUCCGGUUCCCAGAGUCCUCUGCUGGCCAGUCCAGGAAUGUGCUGCCCACGAGGGCGGUGAGGUCAGGGGUUGCGUGCCCUCCUCAGGGGCAAGGAGCCAUGCCCGUCCGUGCCCUGGAGCGGCCUGUUCACGUCCACAGGCCCGUGGCGUGCGCAGGCGGGGGACCUCGGCCCUCCCGACAGACACGCCGGCUCUCCGGGCGGCUCUCGGUGGGAACGCGCCGAAGCCGCUGCCCGCUGGCCCCGGGGCCCCGCCUCCCGCGUGCGACGCCGCGGCUCCGUCAGACGAGUCGUCCCCUGUGUGCAUGACGGCCCCCUCGCUGCUCCGCGUGCACACGUGUGCACACAUGGAGGAAGCCAGGCAGACGGCAGCCUGUUUUUCCGUUUUUAGGGAAGAAAACAGGGAAAACAGACUUUUUUAAAGCCCACCCUCCCCAACUAUAUUUAAUACCCCCCCACUGACACUCGGGUCGCCCUCUCCCUCAGGACUCCGCUGCGCGGCGAGCCGUGGCCCCAGAUUCGCAGCGUGUAUUUUUCUAGGCGAGUAAAGUCAUC